UUCUAAUAUACUGUAUCUUGCAACAAAAUUUACCGUAUUCCUAAAACUUGGUUUGGUUCGGUUCUUGCUCAUCUUUUCUAUUUUCUUCCGAGGAAAAUCUGGGAGUGUAGAGUGUAGAAGAUAUGACUGUGAAACCAACAGUUGCUCUUAGGGCUAUAUUCGUCGGAGGUAUAGCCGCCUUUGCUAAGAUCGCAGGAGCCGUUAAAGCUGCAGGUGGUGCAAAGCUAGGUGCAGCUGCAGUUGCUGUGACAGCUGCUGCUGGUGCCACCAUGUCAGGACAGAAGCAAGAUUCUAACCAACAAACCAAAUGAAAGCUUCAUACAAGUAGAUAGGCGGAUGUUUUGAAUAAUCUAGUCAAGGUGGUUUGCCUUCAAAUGUGUUUGUGAACUAUUGAGGGGUUUGGUCCUACCGGACAAUUCUGAACGGUAUAUGUUCUACUGAACUUGUGACUUAAAUAGUUAUAGUUAAUUUGAUAUAAAAAUGGAUACAUGUAGUUUUGUAGUCAUGUAUUCUGUAUUUCACCUAUAAAAUGGUGACUGUUAAUAGUACCACGAUAGUCUGAGGAUCGACUUUCAUGUACUUUCAUGAUUGAGUAUUUACCUUCUUUUGAAACGAAUGUUUUGUUUCCAAGAA